AUGCCUAUCCAGUGGGACGCCCAGAAUGACGCUCUGCUCUUCGCAUGCAUCGUCAAAGUCCAGCCGCUCACCAGGGAUGCGAAGGAGAAGAUCCUUGAGAUUUGGCCCAACGAGAACCCCCUGACCAUGCGCGCUCUAGAGCAGCAUAUCACCGCCGUCGUCAAACGGGGGAUGAGUGGCGUCAACGGUGGCUCAGCUCAAGGAACACCUUCCAAGCCGAAGGCGACCGCGAAUGGCAGUGCCACUGACGACGGUGCGAGGCCUACGCCCAAGAAGCGCGGCCGAAAGGCUAAGGAUGAGAACGCUUCUGCAGGGCCGAAGAAGCGGGUGAAGCAGGAUCCCAACGCUAAUGGGUUCGCCGAUGUCAAUAAGGAGACAAAGGCGAAUGGGUUCUCGGAGAUCAAGAGUGACCCUGCAACUGACGCCGCCGAUGAGGCUGAUGUUGAAGAAGAGACUACCAAUGGGGCGACGAAGCAGAUCGUUUGAG